ACGAUAGGCCUAUCUAAGAUAGACAGACACACGUCGAUAACUACACGGCAAUACUAGACCUAAUCUUUAAGUGGGAUUUAGUAAUAGAGAUUGAUAAGGGUGCGAGGAUAUUUGUCGAAACGUUGUGCUUAUAUAAUAAAACCAGCGAUUGUUUUUCACAAAAAGUGUGUUCUAUUUUUACCAGACCUGCGACAUUAUUUUAUUUUCUCAACAUAUUUAAAAGAUAAACAUUUGUAUUAUUGAUAGAAAUGUCAUCAACGUGUUUAGUUGAUAUGGAUUAUAUGGAAAUAUAAUCUGUACAAGUAUAUGGUUUGUAAAACAAGAAUUCACAUUAAAUUUGGAUUUUGGUUUUUACAUGACACUGGAAUAUAACUAACAUUCGCCAGAGAAACAUUCAAAAUGUUUGUCUUUAAAAUUAUUGUGUUUCUAUCACUGAGUGUUCCAGGUUUUUUGAAGGAAGUAUCGUUUUGUUACGGUCCGGCAACCCUAUCCUGUACGACAAACACGUUAACAUGUCCGGAUGGUGAGGUAUUAUCUGUACGAAUUGCCGAGUUUGGUACUGACGAUCCGUCAGAAAAUUGUCAGAGUGGUGCUGACGUUUGUAAUGGCGGAUCAAAAUGCUGUAGAUUUUCAAUAAAUGGAGAAAAAAGAUACCCAUUUCCAUCAGAACUAUUUGAUAAAGUUCAGCAUACCUGUAGUCACAAGCCAUUUUGUAAUGUUGAUAUAACAUACGACAGCUCAACCAAUUACACAUUUACACGUUAUAUCUUCGACUGUAUUAAAGAGUCAAAUAUAUUGAGCAUGGUGUGUAAGGAUGACGUCACUACGAACGUGUAUGCCUAUAUGUUUUACUUUGGUGAUCUGAGGAGAGAUUCUCUGGGUAUCAAUUGUUCUUGUACGAUUAGUUCGGAAGCCCAAACACUCACCCUCUAUACACAAUAUAUACAACUAGAUGCCGCUACUUGUCCCAGUUUCUCAACCAUGCUUUCUGACCUACAAUUACCACCUUGUAACAGUAGUGGAUUGCAAGAGACGUAUCGUUUUGUUACUCAUAUACAAACUCCUGUGACUUUAAAGGUAGAGAAUCUACUGGCUAGAACAGAUGACAUCUUUUGGGUACAGUUUUUAAACACUGUCAAAGCACAAAUAACAGUAUCGUGUACUGGUUGUGGAAUUGACGUAGAAGGUGCUUGUGGAAGAACAGAACAUAUCGCGGAAUAUUGUUAUGGCGCAGAAGACUGUUCACAGCAUCGUCUCGAGUGCAAGGAUAAUCAGAAAAUAGGUCUGACGUCAUCUACUUAUUUUGGUCAUAGACCUUACGUCAAUCCUAACUGUGAAAUGAGUAAUUGUAAUAGAAACAAAGAAAGCAAGUGCUGUAGGUAUCACUCUCAAGAUGCCUUGGAGAAGUUUGAGGGCAAAGAAUUAGAAGAUUUGAAUAACGAAUGUACUUUGAAGCAGUCGUGUGUGGCUACUCCCCAGUAUAGAGAACCGGGCAGUAACAACUAUGCCUUUUAUAGGUAUGAUUGCAUACCAGAAUCCAGUAUCCUGAACGCCAUGAAAUUAGGAUCAAAAAAAGGAUUUUCUGAGGGAUUUAUAAAUUAUAACGGCAGUACUAGAACACCUGCGACUACAAUUGACUGUAGUUGUAGAAUCAGCUCUCCUGGGGCUACUAUAACUGUUAAUGUCUACGCACUGCAGCUUCAUCCCGAUACUUGUUGUAAACUGAACAUUUCAUCAUCAGAUGGCAACCUCCCUGAAACAUGUACAGAACAAUCCGGUGUGACAAGCUACUCAACUCAAAGCAAGGUUUUCAAUUCGCCAAUCACCGUUGCAUUUCAUAAGAUGGCCAGCAAACCGGCUGAUUUGGUUUUUGUUCGAUUCAGCAGUGGAAAGGGAAUUGAUAUAGAUUGUGGUGGCUGUACAGAAACAACAGAUGCUAUUAAUGAUGUAUGUAGUUAUCAUAAGGCCCAACAGCAAGACGCUGAUAUUAUACCAAUAGCAGCAGGCUCAGUGAUAGGUGUCCUGGCGCUUAUUGGUAUUAUUAUUGGCAUUAUUUGUGCCUGCAAGAAGUGUAAAGGAAGUGGAUCUGGAGCCAAAGCACACAGAAAAAUAUCAGUGGCACCAUACUCGACAAGAUUGAACUUUUAACAGACAUAAUCAGAGCUUCCCCAUGUAAUGGGUUUACAUCCGGUUCAGAAAUCAUCCAGUCGGUACACUCAAGCUAUUUUUGGCAUUAAAAGCCAAAUCUCCUGUCAUUUUUGAAUUUUUCUACUCUCUUUUAUUUUACCAUAGAGAUCGGCAUGCACCUAGAAGACACAGACAAAUGUCAAUAACACCAAGUUGGAAAGGGAUGAGUUUUUAACUGGCUUGACCAAAGGGAAGUAACUGGUAUUAAGAUGGCAUUUUAAUCGAUUUAAAUAGAAGUGUUUAGACGGGUUAAGAUUACUGAUUAGAUAUAGACAAAAUUAGAUAAUUCAAAGUGCCUAGAAUUCCCUUAACUGCUUAGACUUGGGAAUUAUAAAAUUUUUAUGAAGAUUUUUAAACUUAUUUUAUAUGUAUCUAAUUUUAUAUAACUUUAGUAUAUAUAUACUGUCUUUCUAAAACCAUAUAAUACACUCGUUUAUAAUCUCACAUGUUCCAUAUUCAUUUAAUUUAUGCAUCUAAUUUUUGUUUGUAAGAUGGAUAUAACGUUUGUUAUACUGUCUUUCUAAAUCUCUAUAAUAUACUCUUUCAUAAUCUCACAUGUUCCAUAUUAAUUUAUAGUCUCACGCCUUUUUAAUUAAGGUAGAAUGUCUAAACUUGAUGUAGAUGUUCAUCAGGUGAAUGUCUUGAAUGAGUUUAAUGAUUAACAUUUCCCGCUAAAGCUAAGCUAAGCAAUUUCAUUGGUCGACGCUUUGGGACACGAUAACUUUGAUUCUAGCUGUGGAGAGUGAUGGAACUUAGUGUAUAGUUUCACUACCAGGUACUUCAAAACCUUGACUGACUUUGAUCACGAACAUUUUAUGCUUAGACUAAUUGUAUAGAUAACCAAUUUUUGCUCUACUUUUGAAAAAAGUAAAUGUACAAUUAAUAUUUAUCAUAUAUUUAUUUUGAGAUUUCGGCGGGGGAAAUCAAACCCACUGUUUGUUUGUUAGAAUCAAUUUAAUGGAGUCUUUCUAAAACCAUAUAAUAUACUCUUUCACAAUCUCACAUGUUCCAUAUUGUAUUAUUAGAAAUAUUUUAAUUUUGAGUCUUUCCUUGAUGUAUUGUUAUACAAUAUAUCACCGUUUAAAGAUGUAUUAUGUGAGAUUUAUACAAGGAGCUGGACGUUUUAAUAAGAUUGUUCUUGUUAUAAUAGAUAAUAAAAAAUGAAUAUAUUUAAACUUUUAGUCAAAAACUUUAUUCGGUUGUUAAAUACCAUUGACACGAUUAUACAGAUGGUCUAGAGUUUAUUGUGGCUUUGCCAUGUUAUCUGCAAUUGGCAGAUUUAGAUCUUACAUAAUACAACUUUAAUGAUUAGAUUUUACUCAGUUAAUUUUUAUAACUGAUAAUAAAUAUUACUUAUAUUCCUUUAGUAAUUAGUUUCAUAACUUAUAUUACCAGGUAGACAGGGGACUGAGGGAAGCAUAUGCCCGGGGGCGACACAACUUGGGGGCGGCAAAUUAUCUAAGUGUAUACAAGAAAUAUUCAAAGGGGGACCCUUUGAUUGAGAUAACAAAUCACCACCCGUCGCUUCCCCUAAACCUGUGUAAACCAGUACAUAUUUCAGCAAAUAGAGAGGGAAGAAUUAUUAUUUUUCUAAGAUUUAUUGUAGGGUUUAUCGAUUAAAUGAAGAGUUAAAGGGGAAAUAAACAUAAAAAGUUUACAUAUAAUAAGUUGAUUUAAUAAAUAGUUAUUUAGAUAACGUGUUAUAAGUAUAAAAAGUGUAUUUUAAAAAUUCUUCAAUCAUAAUAAAAUUAACUGAGCGCAGGCACUGAACAAAGCAGUUACAGUAUGCAAGUGGGGAGUGUGGGGGCGCUACACUGAAACUUUUGUCCUGGGGCGCCACAUAGGCUUGUGAGGGCCCUGCAGGUAGAAUGUAAGAUUAAUUCUUGAGUAUUAUGAACACCCAACCCCACACCACCCCACCCCAUCGCAAACCAAACAGUGCAACCAAUGAAAUUUCUAUUUGUUAUACGUCUACAUUUUAUAUAGGAGUAUAUUGUCGUCACCACUGUACACGCUUUACAGGUCAUAGGUUUUGGCUUGUUAUUUUCAAACUUGCAAAAAUUGCUCAAGAAGGAGGAACACGAGUUUGAUCUCAAUGACGCAAAUUUUGGACAGAUGACAUAAAACAAAGGCGUCGGUUUAUAUGUUUUUGUUUUGAAACAUGGAAGCCUAUAAAACGUGAUUCGCCUUUUCCUUGAACAGCAACUACUAAUAAUAUGUCUAUAAGUCUAUCGUUUUAGAUUUAAGCGUUUGAAUUCCCUUUUUGUUGGUCUUAUUGUUCUUCUUCUCGGGGCUCGGGACAAAUGCGCAUCCAUUGGCUCGCUCGAAUUCGAAUAUAUCCAUGCCGUCAUGUUGGGUUUCUUUGUCCAUAGUAUGCUCGUAUUUGUACAAUAUUGUUACAAAAAGUCCGGUGGUAUAUGUAUUGUUAUUAUUUUUGGUUAAAAUAUAUCAUUUAUAAAAUAAAUGUAUUAUUGCUCGU